AUGAAAAAAAUUGAAACCCUAGAGACAAACAUAAUAAAAAAUGUCAACAAGAAUCUACAAGAUAAUGCGGUUAAAGUUCAAAAUCCCACUUCUCGGAGUAGUCACAGAGAAAAGAACAAGUCAAGUGUGACAUCAGAACUACCCACAAAAUGGACUGACAGUUGUGAAAAUAGUCUUGAACCUAACCUCAAAGAUUCUUCUGCAGAUUUCGCUGAAGUAAACAUCGCUGUCGCUUCUGACUUAGACGCAGUUGCAGAUAAUAACCCUUCUGAAUGUAAUAACCCUUCUGAAUGCCCUGUUGCCGGUGAGGAAACUGAAAACAUGAAUAAGUGGAGCACAGUACUAGGAAGAAGAGAAAGGAACGUUAGGAAAAAUAAGAAGCCAGUUAUUUACGGCACUAAAUCGUCAUCAGAUACGAAAAUAAACGGAGCAAAGAGAAGGCGUUGGAUUUAUGUUGGAAGGAUCAGGGAAACUCUGAAGAAUGAUGAUCUCUGUGCUGUAUGCAUUACUGAACACUGGAAGACAAAGGAGCGAAUUUCUAAUUUUGGUAUUGAUGGUUUUAUUUUGGCUAGUGCUUUUCGUCGGGAUUAAAAUGAACACGGAGGAGCUGCCAUCUAUGUCAAGGAGGGUUUGAAGUUUAGUGAAAGGGUGGAUUUGCUAAAUCUGUCUGUCAAGAAUGUGAUGGAGAUUGCAGCGGUAGAUGUGAGAUGCUCUGACAGGGAUCUCCUGGUGGUGUCGGUCUACGCUGCUUCGGGGGAGACUGCUCGAUUUCUCGGGGAGUUUGAGAAAGUACUUGAGAUG